UCCAGCGGGUCGCCCCGGCUAUUUCAUGGUGGCCGGCGGAGCCGGACAAGGUCUUCAACCUGGGUCAGCGAAGCUCGGUAGUCAUGGCCAAGCACAUCACGCUCUACACCGGCGCCAAGAUGCCCAUCCUGGGACUGGGCACCUGGAAGUCCCCGCCGGGCAAGGUGACGGAGGCAGUGAAGGUGGCCAUCGACACUGGGUACCGCCACAUCGACUGUGCCCACGUGUACCAGAAUGAGAACGAGGUCGGGCUGGCCAUCCAGGAGAAGAUCAAGGCGAAGGUGGUGAAGCGUGAGGACCUCUUCAUUGUCAGCAAGCUGUGGUGCACGUACCAUCAGAAAAACAUGGUGAAAGUCGCCUGCCAGCAGACGCUCAAUGACCUGAAGCUGGACUACCUGGACCUUUACCUUAUUCACUGGCCAACGGGUUUUAAGCCUGGGAAGGAAUUUUUCCCACUGGACGGGGAAGGCAACGUGAUUCCCUGUGAGAACGACUUUGUGGACACUUGGGAGGCCAUGGAAAAGCUGGUGGACGAGGGGCUUGUGAAAGCCAUUGGGAUCUCCAACUUCAACCACCUCCAGAUGGAGAAGAUCUUAAACAAACCGGGACUGAAGUACAAGCCGGCGGUGAACCAGAUCGAGUGCCACCCCUACCUGACUCAGGAGAAGCUAAUCCAGUACUGCCAGUCCAAAGACAUAGUGGUGACGGCGUACAGUCCCCUGGGCUCUCCUGACAGACCCUGGGCCAAGCCUGAGGACCCUUCCCUCCUAGAGGACCCCAGGAUCAAAGCAAUCGCCACCAAGCACAAAAAAACCACAGCUCAGGUGCUGAUCCGGUUCCCCAUGCAGAGGAAUCUGAUCGUGAUCCCCAAGUCAGUGACACCCGAGCGCAUUGCCGAGAACUUUCAGGUCUUUGACUUUGAACUGAACAACGAAGAGAUGACCACCUUGCUCAGCUUCAACAGGAACUGGAGGGUCUGUGCCCUGGUGAGCUGUAAAUCCCACAAGAAUUACCCCUUCACUAUUGAGUUUUGAAGCUGUGGGACCUGUUCGUCCCUGCGUGACCUGCUGCUGGUUUUCCCACCUCGUUCCUACGUGCAGCACAGCGGGGUCCAUGCGUGUCCUCAGCAGAACAUCCACAGCCUGCUGGCCGGCAGCAACCAGAGGCUGGGGCCAAGGCGCUGCCUCUGUGGAGAGAAGUCGCCCAGUCUUCUGUAGCCUUCCUUUCCUUCUGUCCAGUGGGCCAGUGCAU